AUGACAGAUAUAACAGAAAACGAUGAUUCUGUUAGUACAACUACAACAACCAAACCAACAGCAAUGUUUAAAAGACCAAACAAAAAUAGAAACAAUAUGAUGAGAAGAAAGGAAACAGAUGAUGAAGAUGAACAGAAAAGUAAUAACAAUGAAAAUGAACAAGUAGAGGAUGAAUCAUCAUCAUUGGAAUCUGAAAAGAAGAAAUUAAAACCAACCAAAGUAGUUAAUCAAUAUACAACAGCAACUGAAAAGAAGGCUGAUUUCUCAUACAACACAUCUGGAUCUGCGAAAGCAAUGAUGACAGAGGCUGAUCAAACAUCAACCAUUGUAGAAAGAGAUGAUGAAAAGGAUAACCCUUCACAGUUGAAUAAUAACGAUGGUAUAUAUAGAGGAAUGAAAGCAUAUACAAACUUUGUACAGAAAAAAGAAGAUUUAUCAUAUAAAGGUGCUGGUGUCAAAGCUGGACCAAUAAAACAAUUAAAUACAAAUUAUAAAGGAUCAUGUAGAUUUGAUUAUCAACCAAGUGUUUGCAAAGAUUACAAGGAUACUGGACAAUGUAGUUUUGGUGAUGCUUGUAUUUAUUUACAUGAUAGAUCAGAUUACAAACAAGGAUGGCAAAUUGACAAGGACUAUGAAGAAGAACAGAGAAAAGGAAAACGUGGAUUUAUUGAUCCAAAAGACGAGAAAAAGAGAGACUUUAAAGCCAAUGGAAAUGGUUCAGAUGCCAUCGAUGAAGAAGAUCUUCCAUUUGCAUGUUUUAUUUGCAAGAAACCAUUUGACAAUCCAGUAAUGACAAAAUGUAAACAUUUCUUUUGUGAGUCUUGUGCUCUGGAUCACAAUGCAAAGAGUAAAAAAUGUUUUGUUUGUAAGCAACCUACCAAUGGUUCAUUCCUUCAACCAAAGAGAAUUAUUGAUAAAUUAAUGGAAAAAUCAAAAAUGAUGGAACAACAAAAACAACAAGAAGAAGUAUCUGAAUCCUAG